CCCCGCGCGGCGCCGUGGGGGAGGCCCCGGGGGCGCCGAUGGGGCCGCGCCGGGCAGGGGCUUGGGGGCGUGUCGGGUGUCCCCGCGUUAACCGUGCCCGUGUUCGCAGGCCGCAGCCAUGGCGCCCAGCCGCAAUGGGAUGAUCCUGAAGCCCCACUUCCACAAGGACUGGCAGCGCCGAGUCGCCACCUGGUUCAACCAGCCCGCCCGCAAGCUCCGCAGGAGGAAGGCUCGCCAGGCCAAGGCUCGCCGCAUCGCCCCCCGCCCCGUGGCUGGGCCCAUCCGGCCCAUCGUGAGGUGCCCUACAAUCAGAUACCACAAAAAAGUCCGUGCUGGCAGAGGCUUCAGCCUGGAAGAGCUUAAACUCGCUGGCAUCAACAAGAAGUUUGCCCGGACUAUUGGGAUCUCCGUGGAUCCCCGGAGACGGAACAAGUCCACCGAGUCCCUGCAGGCCAACGUGCAGAGGCUGAAGGAGUACCACUCCAAGCUCAUCCUCUUCCCGAGGAAGCCAGCCAUGCCCAAGAAGGGAGACAGCUCUCCAGAGGAACUCAAGAUGGCCACUCAGCUCACAGGACCUGUUAUGCCCAUCAAGAAUGUUUUCAAGCGGGAGAAGGCGCGUGUCAUCUCAGAAGAUGAGAAGAACUUCAAGGCCUUUGCCAGCCUUCGCAUGGCCCGGGCCAACGCCCGCCUCUUCGGCAUCCGCGCCAAGCGCGCCAAGGAAGCGGCAGAGCAGGACGUGGAGAAGAAGAAAUGAACUGUUCUCCCCAGAACUGUCAAUAAAAAGCCGUAGAGAGCC